UUUUUGGCAAAACCUACCGGUAAAUUAUCUCUCAGUUAUAUGCUACAAUUCCAACACGGCUACAAGAGUGAAUGGUAAUCUCACUGCAUAUUAAGGUAAGACAAACAAUAUUAACACCAGGAGAGUAGUUUUUAUUGAGUAGUUAAUGUAAACAAACCGCCACCAUUUUGACGUCAGUGACGAAUACUUAUGUCCAGUGACUGUAUAUUUCAAUGAAACUUUCAACAUAAUAAGAUUUAUAGAAUUAACUAUAAAUCCAUUUAUUUUAGCCAGACUUAAAUAUAUUUUAUUUCUGAGGAUUUUUUCGGAAACACUAUUCCGGAAUCCUACCGGAAAUAAGUUGGCAAAUAGAAUAGCAUUUCCUUUUAUGACGAGGCAAUUUCGGGAGAACGGUGAGAUAACAGUCGAGACAACAUUUUAAUUUUUUAUAAGAUUCAGAAGCUACGGAAAAUAAGUUAAAUUGUAGAAAAAACAUGCCAAAAGAAAAAUCAACGAGGGCGAAAAAGAAGAAGGGAGGUGAUGUUAUGAGAAAGGGGCGAACAAAUAAAAAUGUGGAAGGUCCAGUUGAAUUUCAAGAGCAGACGACAAUGGAGACAUCAACAAAUAACGGAUUUGAGGGAGAAAUGGAUGUAUCACCCAGAGAUGAACCAUCGGGAUUCCGCAUGGAGAAUUCCAGGGAAACCAUUCGAGGAAUUGGCUCCACAAGCAAACAAGAUACCAGAAAAAAUACCAGUAGAAUUUCAGCAGUUGAUGUUAGAAAUGAAGUAAACAACUUGUUACAUCUAGCAACAGCCCCAAAUACUCAGGAAACAUACAACCAGGGACUAAGAUGCUUUGAGGAAUUCCAGGAUUCCCUAAACCUUAGCAAAAUAUGGCCCCCUACGUUAGAGCAAAUAGUUCUAUUUAUAGGUUAUAUGUCAGCAAAACAUCUCUCAGUGGCAACAGCUAGAACUUACAUUUCAGCUAUUUCUUACAAACUAAAAAUUCAAAACAAUAGGGAUGAAACUCAAAGCUUUCUGGUUAAGAAACUCUUAGAAGGAUUCAGAAGAAAGGUCAAGAAAAAUGAUGCCAGACUGCCAAUUACAUCAAAUAUAUUAAAUCAAAUACUACAAAGUUUGCACUUGGUUUGUACAAACUACUAUGAAUGCAAACUGUUUCAAGCCGCCUACACUUUAGCAUUUUUUGGUUUCUUUAGAGUUGGAGAAAUGACAGUAAAAAACCAAAAAGAUCUGGGACAUGCAAUUGAAUAUGAAGACAUAACAAUGUUUACAGAAGAAAAUAAAAUCCAAAUAAAAUUAAAGCAUUCCAAAGUGGAUCAAAUAGGGGAAGGAGAAACAAUUACUAUUCAGAAUAGCCAAUUUGGGUCUCAAAUACAACCAAUUAAGAUUAUUCAAGAAUAUCUAGCAAUACGACCUUCAGUGCAGGGGAAGUUGUUCUGUCAUUUUAGUGGACAACCAUUAACUAGAUACCAAUUUACGGCAGUUUUAAAUAAAGUUUUGUCGAUAAUAGGGUUAGAAGGUAAAAAAUACAAGUCUCAUUCAUUUAGAAUUGGGGCAGCAACCAGUGCAGCAAUGUUUGGUAUGUCAGAGGAAGAAAUCUGUAAAGCAGGAAGAUGGAAAUCUAAAGCAUACAAAAUUUAUGUUAGGAUGUAAUCAUAAUAUAAAUGUAGGUGUAACCCUUAAGACUGUCAUAUGUUUAAGUAUAUAUGAAAAUGGUUUCAAGUCAUAUAAUUAUAUAAUCUUGUCAUGUCUCUAUAUAUACACUUUCAGAACAACAGGUAUGGGUAGUGGGCUCAUCAAUAGUCAAAAGAGCAUUUUUAGCAGCUAGAAUCAGACCAGAUGGAGUUAACUUGGGACUAAUGGAUAGAUUAAAUGUGUCUAUUUGGUGGCAAGGAAAAGGGGGUAUGGGCUGGUAUGAAAUGUACAACAAGAUCAAAACAUUGCUGAAAGUUGCUGACCCUCCUGAUUACAUUAUUCUACAUUGUGGUGGUAAUAAUAUUGGGUACACACCAAUCAAACAGCUUAUACAAGAUAUGAAAGGUACAAUUGACAAAAUUUGGAAACUUUUACCCAAUACAAAGCUUGUAUGGUCACAAAUAUUGCCUAGAAAGAACUGGUAUUCAUCAGAUAGCAUAGAAAAAAUGAAUAAUUCUGCAAAAAGAAUCAACAGUUCAGUGGCGGCUUAUAUAGUAAGGAAUGGGGGAUGUUAUAUCAAGUAUUUGGAUAUCAAACUUGUAAACACAAAUCUUUUUGAGGCAGAUGGGGUCCAUAUAUCAAAUAUAGGCAAUGAAAUUUUUCUCAACAACAUUAGUGCAGGGUUAGAACAAUUUAUAACGAAUGGAUGGCAAGUGUAUCCAAAGUUAUACUAGAAUUUGGAUGGGGUAUU